UUAUCACUCCCUCCCUCAUUAACCCUAGCCGUUUCCCCUUUCUUCUUCCUCUGCUCUUCUUUUCUUCUUCCUCUGCUCUUCCUCUGCUCUUCUUUUCUUCUUCCUCUUCUCUUCUUCCUCACAGCCAACUCCUCACCUCCUUCGACCCGCCACCUCACCGCCUCCUCACCGCCACCAAACACCCACAACCUCAAACAAAACCCACCUCUCCGCCACCAAACACCCACAACCACAACCAAAACCACCUCACCGCCACUCACCCGCCACCAAACAACCUUCACCGCCACCAAACCCGCCUCACCGUCUCCUCAUCGCCACCAAACACCCACCACCGCAACCAAAACUUACCCCAGCCGCCAUCAAAGCUUCAAUCCGGACCCAAAUCGCCCCUCAAGCACUGGAUCGGAGACAUGCAGGCCUUCCACCCUCCGCCACCGCCACCAGAUCGGAGAAAAACAACCGGAUCAAGCUUUCCUUUACACCCUUCAGCUUCUGAGGUAUUGCUGCUUUAGGAGGGAAAAUGUGUUCAAAGGUGAAAGAAAUCCAGUAUUUGAAGAGAGAGUAACUAACUAACUAAUUAUAAUGGCUGUGGUAAGUCAUGUGCUAGCAACUCCACAAGGGAUCAUUUCCGGGAACUCACUUGGUGAUUUUAGGCUUCCUAGAAUGUUGACCACAAGGAGAGAAAUUAUAGAAGAGCCUAAUCAAAGUGUUGUUAAUGACACAAUCUAUGUUGCUGUGGCAAAAGAUGUGAAAGAUAGCAGACUAAAUCUUAUAUGGGCAAUACAGAACUCUGGAGGAAAGAAAAUUUGCAUCCUUCACGUUCACGUGCCAUCACAUAUGAUCCCCAUCAGUGACAUGGGUGCUAAAUUUCCAGCAAGUGCAUUGAAAGAGCAGGAAGUUGAAGCUUACCGCGAAGUUGAAAGGCAAGACAUGCAUAAAACUCUGGAUGCUUAUCUUCUUAUCUGUCAAAGGAUGGGGGUGCGGGCAGAGAAACUACACAUUGAAAUGAAUUGUAUUGAAAAAGGAAUUGUAGAACUCAUCUCCACUUAUAACAUACAAAAGCUUGUAAUGGGAGCAGCUUCAGACAAGUACCAUUCAAGGAGAAUGACAGACCUCAGAUCUAAGAAAGCUAUCUAUGUAAAGGAACAAGCUCCAGCUUCUUGUCGUAUACAAUUCAUUUGCAAAGGAUACCUUAUCUACACAAGGGAUCGCAGUUUGAGUGGAGGAAAUGUAGGGGUCACAUCUCCUUUGGUGCAGCAAAUGCCAAACACUGAAGUUGGGCUUUUAACUCACUUUAGAUCUCAUUCUGUUUCCUUUGGGAAAAGUGUGAAAGAUCAAGUGUUAUUUCGCAGAGCAAGCUCCACCAAUGAUGGACAUGGAAAGAGCAUUGCAUCUGUUUUCUCACCGUGCUCUCAGAGUGGUUCAGUAAUGAGCCCAAAUUUGAUUAAUGAUGGAAGUGAAAAUGUAUUGGAAUUGAGUUUGAGGGGACUUUCUAGUAUUAAAGAGGAUCUCCAUCAUUCAUCGCCUCCUAGUGUGCUGCAGGAUGGUGGAAUGAAUGAUACUCUUUAUGAUCAACUAGAGCAGGCAAUGUCUGAGGCUGAGAAUGCUAGGUGUGAUGUGUAUCAAGAAGCUCUUAGGCGUGGGAAAGCUGAAAAAUUUGCCAUUGAUGCUAUACGCAGGACUAAAGCCACUGAAAUCAUGUAUAAAGAAGAGCUGAAACAAAGGAAAGAGGCAGAGGAAGAACUAGACAAUGCAAAAGCAGAAAUUGAUAACAUGAUUAGCCAAAGGGACAAAGUUAAUAAGGAGCUCCAACUUGCUCGAGAUCAGAAGACAUCACUACGGAAUCAAAUUACAUCAACUGAACUUACCAUGAAGGAUUUGGAGCAGAAGAUUAUGUCUGCUGUGGAUCUGUUACAAAACUGCAAGAAUGAACGAGAUGAUUUGCAAAUUCAGCGCGAUAAUGCUUUGAGAGAGGCUGAAAAUUUUAAAAAAGAACAAGGAGAGGCCUCAAGCACACAUCAUGUGCUUCCACUCUUCUCUGAAUUCUCUUUCUCAGAGAUUGUAGAAGCAACAGGUAACUUCAAUCCAUCCAUGAAGAUUGGUGAAGGUGGAUAUGGAAGUAUAUUCAGAGGUAUCCUGCGUCACACUGAGGUGGCUAUCAAAAUGUUGAACCCCAACAGCACACAAGGACCCUCAGAGUUCCAACAGGAGGUUGAAGUAUUGAGCAAGUUAAGGCAUCCAAAUCUUAUCACACUUAUAGGAGCCUGCCCAGAAUCAUGGACUCUUGUCUAUGAGUAUCUCCCCAAUGGAAGCCUUGAAGAUCGUCUCUGUUGCAAGGAUAACACGCAUGCAUUAUCGUGGCAAACUCGGAUAAACAUUGCGACAGAACUAUGUUCUGCUCUCAUUUUUCUCCACUCUAGUAAACCUCACAGCAUAGUGCAUGCUGACUUAAAACCCUCCAACAUUCUCCUUGAUGCAAACCUUGUUAGUAAGCUCAGCGACUUCGGGAUCUGCCGCGUACUAUCCUGUCAAGAGGAUUCUAGUAACAAUAGCACAGAGUUUUGGAGAACUAUGCCAAAAGGAACUUUUGUGUACAUGGAUCCUGAAUUCCUCAAUUCAGGGGAACUUACUGAAAAAUCAGAUGUUUAUUCAUUUGGUAUCAUACUUUUGAGGUUGAUUACUGGGAGACCAGCCUUGGGAAUAAUAAAAGAAGUGCAAUGUGCUUUGCAUGCUGGCAAGUUGAAAUCCCUCUUGGAUCCUUUGUCUGGAGACUUGCCAUUUGAGCAGGCUGAGAAGUUGGCUUGCUUGGCUUUGAGGUGUUGUGAUAUGAACAGAAAUAGCAGGCCAAACCUUCAUUCAGAUGUAUGGAGGACACUGGAGCUAAUGAGGGCAUCUUGUGGAGGCACACACACCUUUGAACUAAGUUCUCAAGGGCACUGCCAGCCUCCUCCAUAUUUUAUUUGUCCUAUCUUACAGGAAGUCAUGCGAGAUCCACAUGUGGCUGCAGAUGGUUUCACUUAUGAAGCUGAAGCUAUACGAGGAUGGCUGGAAAGCGGUCAUGACACUUCACCAAGGACAAGUUCUAAGCUUACACAUUACAAUCUUGUUUCCAACCAUGCUCUCCGCUAUGCAAUCCAGGACUGGCUUCAAAGUCAUUGAUCAAGCUUCUCAUUUUCUCUCUUAACAUUUGAUUAAAUUGUAGCUUGCAUGUUUACAUUAAGUUUCUAGGAGAAAGCUGUUAUUACAAGUGUUUUCUUCUAUCAGUUUUGUUUCUUUACAGGUCUUUAAAAUAUGGAAACCACAUUUUAUAGCCAUCCUGUUGUAUAGGUUCUAGUUGUACCCAAUCUACCCAUGUGUUUAUUUAUCUUAAGUUAAUGUAAAAGAGAAGCAUGUAUGAUGUACAUAGCUACUUAUGGCAGUAGAGUUUGUUGUGUAAUUAUCUAUAGUUUCAAUUAGAAUUUUUAAAGUGGAAUAA